AUGGCACAUUUCUCGCCGCUACAGGCACCACAUUUCGCAGCCACCGAGACCCCAGAAGAAAUAUCCAAACGCUUGCGAGAGGAUGAGGCGCUCAUCAGCGCUCAAAAGCCGUGUAGUUGGCUAGCUUACCAUCUACCGGAGUAUGAGACGGAAAGAGGAUCAGCUAUUGCCGCGUACCUUGCACCGUCUCUUGAUUUGAGUCACGACAUCAAAAAACUCAUCUACGAGAACAUCCUCAACAGGAUUCGCCGGCACUUGAGGAACAGUGGAUCGAAUACAACGCCAGAUGGAACAGUCCACGAGAUGGAAAUGGCUGAACACGCACUACUUCCUUCAGAGCUCUCGGCCACCCUAAAAGUCAUUGCCCAUCUGCAAGAGACCGCUGUAAUCCAGCGAGACACCACAGCUGGCACUAUCAUGGCUUGGUUAGAGGAGCGAGUUGCUCCCGUUCGACGCACAAACUCGGAAUUCGUUCCAAACAAGGCAGAAAUUCCAAGACCUCCACCGACACCACGCAAGCGUUUGUGUUACAUCUGUCGAAUGGCUAUGACCAACCCAUACCCUCCUCAAUCGUCCAUGUGUAUACCCUGUGGAUCUUUCAACCACUCUUCUUCGCUGCUUUCAACUCCAUCAAGGCUGGUCUUACCAAAAACCUUCACUGCACUUGUUACAGGAGCGAGGGUUAAUCUCGGCUACCACACGGCGCUGCGUCUUCUGCGUUGCGGUGCCCAGGUAAUCGCCACGACACGGUAUCCGCAUGAUGCUAUAUUGCGGUAUAUCGAAGAACCCGACUCGCAUAUAUGGAGGAAUAGGUUACGAGUGAUAGGUGCAGAUUUCAGGUCUGCGAAAGAUGCGCAUAAUUUAGUCCUCGAAACGAAACAAUGUCUGAAGCAAUGGGCUAACGGAAGGGACGUAAGGUUGUCUGCGUUGAUCAACAACGCAGCGCAGACACUCACUGACAGCGUAAAAAAAGAAGAACGUGCUGUGAAGCGAGAGAAUGAUCUGAGCAGACGUAUAACGCACCAGGAAUUGUUGAUUGAGGGGAGCUACAAAUCCAGAGUCCGGGGGCGGGAAUUGCCACCGAGACUGGAGAACGCUACCUCGAAUAGUUUGCCUACACUAGGCUUUCCAGAAGGGCGAACAGAUAACGUAGAUACCGCGGACACGCUCGAUCUAUCGCAUGAAACAACCAUGCAACUGGAGCCCUACACUAAAUCCUCCUGGGUCCAAUCCAUAUCCGAGAUACCCUACGAAGAUGUCGGUUCCGCUCUAUCGGUCAACACAUUCGUCCCCUUCAUCCUCUGCCGCGAACUGCUCCCCCUAAUGGGCUACAGCAAGGUCAACAACAGUACCAACCCUCCUUCUCCUCCUACCAAACCUCAAGGUUACAUAAUCAACGUCUCCUCUCGCGAAGGCAUUUUCGAAACCCACACCUCGUCAUCCGCUAAACGAGGUAAACACGUCCACACCAACAUGUCCAAAGCCGCACUCAAUAUGCUCACCGAAACGGAGGCAGAGUCUGCGUGGCGCGGGAAGCGUGUUGCUAUGAAUACGGUUGACCCCGGGUAUAUGAGUGCGGCGCCUGAGUAUGAAGAUGCUUUUGAGGGGGUGAGACCGAUUGGCUGGGAGGACGGGGCUGGGAGGGUAUUGUGGCCGAUUGCUGUUGCGGAAAUGGGAGGGAGGGUUGUUUGGGGGAGGUUUCUGAAACAUUAUGGGGCUGUGGAGGGGGAGGCUGGUAGGGGAUGA